AUGUUCCGCGACGAAAGCAAGUCGGUAGUCCGAAAGGCGGCUGCUUCUACACAUAAGAAUAAAAGACCAGACCGACCAGCUCGCAAAGCAAUCCCAGAACGGAAUCCUGUGCGGUCUGGGCGUUCUCCAGUGGUGGUGGAGUCGGACUUUGACCUCAAUACAGAAGAUCCACAGCACAUCUAUCUGCUGCGACAGCUUGGGCAACGUCCAUUGGAGAUUCAGCCAUCACAAGAGCUCGAAGCCGCCAAAUAUGAGGCAAUCUGUUAUUUCCUCCGGUCCAAUGCUCUUCCCGGCAGUUUCUGGACUACUGAUAUUAUCUCGAAGUUCUUGUUGAAGGCAGGGGGCCUUGCAAGUCAGAGAGCCAUGCAGGCUAGCGUCGUUGCGACAGCCACAGCUAUGCUCUCGCGCGUCAGAAAGAUACCAUCGCUAAAUGAUGUAGCCCACCGGGAAUAUGGGUCCGCUUUGAGACUUCUGAACACCGCCUUAGCCGACAUUGACCAGGCCAAAUCCAACCAGACUCUAGGCACUGUCGUGCUGCUUGCCAUAUAUGAAGUAGUGACGUCAAGAGCGCCGGAGGAUAUUGACAGUUGGACCAACCAUAUCAAUGGUGCGACGGCCCUGCUCGAUCUAAGGGGGGUCGAACAGCUCAAGAGCGAUGCCGGUCUUCGCUUGUUUCUGCAUCUUCGGUAUCAGAUUGUGAGUGCCGUUGGUUCGUACCUCGGUUCCAAACUAACACCUUGCCAGAUUAUCAGUUGUUUACAACGAGACGCACGAGUACCUCAAUCAUUACUCGAUUGCACGCAAUUUGCGAUGUUCCUUCGUCCAGCAGAAGCUCACGGCAGCCGUCUAGUCAUGAUCAUCGGAAAACUGUCAAAUCUUCGCGCAGACAUCCGCACUAACGUAUUCAAUAACGAGCGAGAAAUCAUCUCAGCAGCAUCCGCCAUUGAAGCCGAUCUAAUUGCCUGGCUGGCAUCUCUUCCCCCCGAGUUCAACUAUGAAACCAGUGUAAAAUCACCCUUCGAUUUCGCCUUCCGGCAACGAUUCCGCGGUAUUGAUACCUACGAUGAUCAAUACCACGUGUACUCCAACCUCUGGGUCUGCAAUUCGUGGAACCAAUACCGCAGCGCCCGAAUCAUCGUCAGCGAAAUCAUCCUUUCCCACGUACGGCGAAUAUCCGACAGUACCUCUCUAUCUUCAUUGUCCACAGAGUUCCGCCUGCAAUGCAGAACGCUACGAUCAACAAUGCGGCGAUUGGCUGUCGACAUCUGCCGGGGGGUUCCGUUCUACUUCAACGCCCACCAGGCAGUCAAGGAACCCAGUCUCCCGCCGCCGGAAAGUUACAUUGGAGGUCUCGUGCUCCUCUGGCCCCUGUUCGUGGCAGGCAUUGUUGAGAAUCCGAGACACGGGCUGCGCCGCUGGGUCGUCAAGUGUCUGGAGAUGAUUGGGAAUACCAUGGGUAUUGACCAGGCGUUGGCAGUGGCAGAUAUGGUCGCAGCUGAUCCUGGAGUGCUCCAGUUCGUGACCGAGGAAGAAGAUCCUCUUAUUGAAGUGUCUGGUGCGCCCGAUCUGACGAGCCGACUUCCCCAUCCGGUUGCACCGACUCGUUAA